CCCCGUCGGCGUCUCGGCGCUCGGCUGCCCGCCCUGAGCGGGCGGAGUCCUUCCGCUGCCAUCCGCGGUUCGGCGCUCGCUUCCUCGCCGCCGGGGCUGAGCGAAGGGAGAGGCAAGAUGGCGGACAAGGCGCCCGGCGGCUCGCAGAAAGGCAGUGGGAAGGUCAGAGCUCCAGAUGCGGUACAUAACACUGGGUCUGCUGAUACACAUCCUUUAAUGGAAAGUAAACUUAAAGCAUUCAGCAUUGGCAAAAUGAGCGCUGCCAAACGGACUUUGAGCAAGAAGGAACAAGAAGAAUUAAAAAAGAAGGAGGAUGAGAAGGCUGCUGCAGAAAUUUAUGAAGAAUUCCUUGCUGCCUUUGAGGGAAGCGAUGGCAAUAAAGUGAAAACAUUUGUAAGAGGAGGAAUUGUUAAUGCAUCUAAAGAGGAACAUGAAACAGAUGAAAAACGAGGUAAAAUCUAUAAACCUUCAUCACGAUUUUCAGAUCAAAAAAAUCAACCAAGUCAACCAUCUAAUGAGAAGCCUCCAUCCCUCUUAAUGAUAGAAACCAAAAAGCCUCCUUUGAAGAAAGGAGAGAAGGAAAAGAAAAAGAGCAAUCUGGAACUUUUUAAGGAAGAACUAAAGCAGAUACAAGAAGAGCGUGAUGAAAGACAUAAAACAAAAGGUAGAUUGAGUCGUUUUGAACCUCCCCAGUCGGAUUCAGAUGGUCAGCGUCGUUCAAUGGAUGCUCCUUCAAGAAGAAACAGAUCAUCUGGUGUACUGGAUGAUUAUGCACCAGGGUCACAUGAUGUUGGGGAUCCAAGCACAACAAAUUUGUACCUGGGAAACAUUAAUCCUCAAAUGAAUGAAGAGAUGUUAUGUCAGGAAUUUGGACGCUUUGGACCAUUAGCAAGUGUAAAAAUUAUGUGGCCAAGAACUGAUGAAGAAAGAGCAAGAGAAAGAAAUUGUGGCUUUGUUGCAUUUAUGAACAGGAGAGAUGCUGAAAGAGCUUUAAAGAAUUUAAAUGGCAAGAUGAUUAUGUCCUUUGAGAUGAAGCUAGGCUGGGGCAAAGCUGUGCCUAUCCCACCACACCCAAUAUACAUUCCACCUUCAAUGAUGGAGCAUACCCUCCCACCUCCUCCUUCAGGUCUGCCUUUUAAUGCCCAGCCUAGAGAGAGGUUGAAGAAUCCCAAUGCUCCAAUGUUACCCCCACCAAAAAACAAGGAAGAUUUUGAGAAGACUCUGUCGCAAGCCAUAGUCAAAGUGGUUAUCCCAACAGAAAGGAAUUUGCUCGCACUGAUACAUCGAAUGAUAGAGUUUGUGGUACGGGAAGGGCCUAUGUUUGAAGCCAUGAUCAUGAACCGAGAAAUCAACAACCCAAUGUUCAGGUUUCUGUUUGAAAACCAGACUCCAGCCCAUGUGUAUUAUAGAUGGAAGCUUUAUUCAAUUCUUCAGGGAGAUGCUCCAACCAAGUGGAGGACAGAAGAUUUCCGUAUGUUCAAAAAUGGAUCGUUUUGGAGGCCACCACCACUAAAUCCUUAUUUACACGGGAUGUCAGAAGAGCAAGAAACAGAGGCAUUUGUGGAGGAACCGAACAAGAAGGGUGCACUUAAGGAGGAACAGAGAGACAAGCUAGAGGAAAUUUUGCGUGGAUUAACGCCUCGAAAAAAUGAUAUUGGCGAUGCUAUGGUUUUCUGUCUAAAUAAUGCAGAAGCUGCUGAAGAAAUUGUAGACUGCAUUACAGAGUCGCUGUCCAUUCUGAAGACUCCUCUUCCCAAGAAGAUAGCAAGAUUAUAUCUGGUGUCAGAUGUGUUGUACAACUCUUCCGCUAAAGUUGCCAAUGCUUCCUACUAUAGAAAAUUUUUUGAAACAAAAUUAUGUCAGAUAUUCUCUGAUCUCAAUGCUACUUACCGUACAAUACAAGGCCAUUUACAGUCUGAAAAUUUCAAGCAACGGGUAAUGACAUGCUUCCGAGCAUGGGAAGACUGGGCAAUUUAUCCAGAACCGUUUUUGAUCAAACUACAGAACAUUUUCCUGGGGCUUGUAAAUAUCAUGGAAGACAAAGAAACAGAGGAAGUACCAGAUGAUCUUGAUGGUGCUCCCAUUGAGGAAGAGCUUGAUGGUGCUCCAUUAGAAGAUGUGGAUGGAAUUCCUAUUGAUGCUGCUCCUAUUGAUGAUCUGGAUGGAGUUCCCAUUAAAUCAUUGGAUGAUGAUCUUGAUGGAGUACCUUUGGAUACGGCUGAAGACUCAAAAAAGAAUGAGCCUAUAUUUAAAGUUGCUCCUUCAAAGUGGGAAGCAGUGGAUGAAUCAGAAUUGGAAGCUCAAGCUGUUACCACUUCUAAAUGGGAGCUUUUUGAUCAACAUGAAGAAUCUGAGGAGGAAGAAAUACCAAAUCAAGAAGAGGAAAGCGAAGAUGAGGAAGACACUCAGAGUUCAAAGUCAGAAGAGCAACACAUGUAUUCUAAUCCUAUUAAAGAAGAGAUGCCUGAGUCCAAGUCAUCAGUCAAAUAUUCAGAAAUGAGUGAAGAGAAGCGUGCCAAACUCCGGGAGAUUGAGCUUAAGGUGAUGAAGUUUCAGGAUGAGUUAGAAUCUGGGAAACGACCCAAGAAACCAGGCCAGAGUUUUCAGGAACAGGUUGAACACUAUAGAGACAAGCUGCUCCAGAGGGAAAAAGAGAAGGAGUUGGAAAGAGAACGAGAAAGGGACAAGAAGGACAAAGAAAAAUCUGAUUCUAGGUCCAAGGAGAAGAAGGAGAAGGAGGAAUGUACACCAACAAGAAAAGAGAGGAAAAGACGGCACAGUGCUUCCCCUAGCCCAUCUCGCAGCAGUGGCAGUAGAAGAGCAAAAUCUCCAUCACCAAAAUCGGAGCGCUCAGAGCGCUCUGAACGGUCCCACAAAGAGAGUUCACGUUCUCGGUCAUCACAUAAAGACUCUCCAAGAGAUGUCAGUAAAAAAGGCAAAAGGUCACCAUCUGGUUCCAGGACACCCAAAAGAUCAAGAAGAUCACGGUCAAGGUCCCCUAAAAAGUCAGGGAAAAAAUCCAGGUCUCAGUCCCGUUCUCCUCACAGAUCUCACAAGAAGUCAAAGAAAAGCAAACACUGACAAUGUUGAUAUUUUUUAUGAUGCUGUCACUUACUGGAAAUGCAGUUUUGUUUUUGUGCCUGAACAGUCUGUUUAAAAAAAAAAAAAAAGAAAAGAAAAAAAAACAAGGAAAGAAAAGGAAAAAAAAACAACAAAAAAGCAUUCCUGAUUUUUUUUUUUUGUGAAUGCACGUGUAUACUCAUGAGUAUCUGCAUCUGUAGACCCGUCAUUGUUUUAUAUUGUACAAAAUAUCUUCCUUGUGACUAUUUCCCAAAUGAAACAUUUUUGUGUUUAGAAGUUUCAUCAGAUGUGUGUAACUGAUCUGCUGGCAGUAGUGAUAUUUUGUUUUAGAAUGUUGUGACAUAGCAGAAAUAACUCCAAUGUUCCCCCUUUUUUGUAGCUUUGACAAUUUGAAUUAGAUUUCAAAUAAAAUCUGAACAGAAAAUGAAGACGUUGUUUUCUUGCCCCACUGGGGAUGCAGAUUUAUUUUAAUGAAAUUCAUAGUUUGUUUGGAAGUACUGUGCAUUUCAGGCAUACUAUGGUGCAUAGGUUUUCAGUAUAGUAAUAGCUGUUCCUGUUUCCUCUACUUGACUAUCCGGAUAAAAGCACCUUUUGAAUCCAGUGGUUGGAUUCUCCUUUCUGCCAUGAUAUUUUACUAUAAGAGCAGUUGAGCAGUCUGGUCCCAAACAUGAGCAGCUUUGCAAGUAGAUCUUUGCUUGGUAUUUUGCUGUUUUAAUCCCAGGCAGUAUUUUUUAAAGCAGGGCAAUAUGGUUGUUCAUUUUUUUUAUUUAAAAAAAAAAGUACUGCAGAGAUGUAUCACGUGUAUGUAUAUCAUAUAAUAUGAUAUAUCAGCAAGUUACAUUUUCGGCAUUAAUGGGGAUCAAUAGAAGGAUAGCAAAACUUAUGCUCUGACCUGUUCCUGUAGAAUAGGUACAGUAAUAUCAGCUUGCAGUUAAAAAUGAAAAAUGAUUUUUACUCUGGAAGUACUUUUUUUUUUUUUUACAUUGUUUUCAUGGAAUUUAUUCUUCUGUCAGAAAUUCUUCAAAAUAAGAAAAAAGUCCAAGCAAGUAUUUUUAAUUACGUAGUUUUGUAUUUUUGGAAUCGAGAGGCUGUCUAACUUUUGAAUGAUAGGCUUUCCCCUCUUCAAACCUGUUCAGCAUUAGGCCAUCUUGUUUUCAGACUGUUUCACCUUGAUCUCUCUCGUGCAGCCUUUGAGGGGGGGAAGGGAUGUGGGAAUGGGAUGGACAGGAGAGGGGGAGGGUUCCAUGUUUAUACUUGAUGGUAUGGGCAGAUUGUAAUAAAAACAUGAUAAAGGGAUGUGGCCUCCUGUGAACUGUUUCUAAAAGUAAACAGCUGCACUUAAUACAGGCACAGAGUGUUGGAUGAUGCCUGCUAUUGUAUCUCUGGAUUUGGAGGUUUUAUGUUUAUUAGAAUUUUGUAAAUGUGAUGGGGAAAAUAUUUUUUGUGUAUAUAUGUAGCCUUGGAGGCAGCGCUUCCAGAAACAGGAUCUAGAAAAUCUUCUGAAAAACGUACAAAUUGCAUUUAGAAUAUGUAUUUUCUCCAUUUGUUUUUGUCCUCCUGGGGGGCUUGGUUACAGGAUUAUAUAGAUUAUUUUAAAUGUAAGAACCAAGUGAAAAAUAACUGAAAACUUUGCUAAUGAGAACUGAGAGAUGAUCUGUAAUACUGGAAGCAUGGAGAAUGCAUGUGUACUGUAAAGGUUUUCUUACAAGGAGUGUUGGACGGAUGCCUAAAUAAUGAGAAGAAUGCAGCUUCUUAUGUUACAUUAUGAAAAAUUUGUUUUAGAAAUAGGCAGCUUAUUUUUCUUGCAUUUUUCUUUCUGUAGCACAGCAUUUCAGAUGUACAGGUUCUGGCAGCCGAACUAUUGUGAACUAAGGUUUUUUUUCCUCUAAAAUACAUUCUCUUCAGAGCUAGCACAGAGUGGAUCAAAUUUUCUAGAGCAAAAAACAAGUACUAAAGUCAAGUUAAUUUCAGAUCUGAUUGACUUCUUUAAAGCUAUUGUUUUCAUCUUGGAGCUGCUUGUAAAUGGAGAGGUGAUAAAUGGCAACGUGCUGAGGGUAGAAAAUCACUCAGUGUAUAGGCUUCAAAAAUUAGUUUUGAUUUCAGCUUUUGCAGUGUUUUCAUCAGUGAUUAUAAGAGAUGCAAACCGAGGCACUGCAGAGCUACAGGAGCACACCUGUUAGACUAUUUUGUAUCAGCUUUAUUAUACCUUUUAUCAGUAUCUGUUGUCGUCUAAAUGCUGUCUGUAUGACCAUUUAUUACCUCUUGCUCUUUGCUUCAUAUCCCUGACUUUAGAAAAGCUGUUUUCUUACUCAGAGCAAUUAAGAAUCUGAAUACGUGGUUGUUGGUUUUUUUUGCUGGCUUUUAGUUUAGUUCCUACCCCCUCACUCCCCUGGUUGAACACCUUUUGGUCCUAUCUACUCUUCAUUUUCUUCUAUGGUCUCAUAAGUAGCUUUGUUCAUACCUUGACUUUUCUGCAAAGAGAAGGGGGAAGCAGCACACCAUGCUGUGUCUAGGGGUGAAAAAGCCUCUGUUUUACAUAGGGUGGACAUCUUUUAGUUUUGAUCUCGGAUUCAGAAAGUGGGUUUGACAUGAAGCCUUGUGGAAAAGCUCUAACCCAAGGUGAUGUGAUCCAGUGUUUUGAAAUGCUAUUUCUGAUUGUACAUGGGGACAGCCCAUUAUCUUUUAACACUCCAUAUUCAGUGAGUAUCCAACCCUUGGCUUUGGGAGGGAGAGGAGCCAUGAGUGGAUAAGGGAUUUUUUGUUUUCUCCCACCCCUGGUACCAAAGAGAAAUGUUCAUGCUUGGGUGAUGAGGUUUCUCGAAAGCAAGGAAACCAAUGCAGCUUGCUGCCGCUGAGUUGUGGUAUGGCUGAGCAGUGCCCUGCAGCCUGAAAUACCAGCUCUUUGGGCUCAUCUCAGCAUGGGACUGGGGCUCUGGGGGGGUGGGCUCACCUUAUAAACUGAAUAUAUGUUAGUCCCAGGUAGGGACUAGCGGCUGUCCUGAUGACAAACUUAGAUGAAGCCUACCUGGUGCUUGAGAUGACAUUGAAUAUUAUGGGGCAUUUUGGUAUUUGUGCAAACAUCUUCUAGGCAUAGAGCUGCAAUUCAUUUUUUUUUUUUUUAAUUCUGAACCAGUCCUCUCUUGUGUGAACCUUUGUAAGAAUUGCACCCACACUUGGAGUGGUGGAAAAAAUCUGCUUGGCUGUGUACAGUCUCCUCCUGGUUCACAUGCUUUCCGUAUCGGUAUACAGAAGCGUUCACAAUUAGCUUCUUUUGAAACCCUGUGACUUCCUUUGACUCCUCUGCACAGCAGCUGCAUAUACACUUUGCAAUACAGUUCUUGAGGAAGAGCUGAUUUCUGAAAGUUGAGGUUCGUAUGUAGGCACUGGAUGCUGUGCAAGUGUUUUGCUUCCCCGUUGGAGGCUCUGAAGUGUGAGAAUAAAGCAUUUGUCACCAAGGCUAACAAUGUUUUCCAGAGCAUGCAUUUAGAACUGUAACUACCUGAAUACUUGAUUAGUGCAUCAGUCCCAGUGAAAAAAAAGCAGUAAUUUGAAGAGGUUACGCCCAAACUCGAUCCUGAUCGAUUUUAUUAUUUUUUAGUUCUUGGAAGAAACCAAACGCUCAAAAUGCUCUUCUCUCCCCCUGCCUUAAGCUGUGAGGAUACAUAUUGGGAUAUGCAUAUCCUCUUCUCUAUUGCAUGUACUUCUUAAAAAAUAGUUUGUUUCUAUGAAGAAAGACUUGAGCUGCCUUAAAGACAUGUACUGGUAGUUGAUUCCAGGCCCCAGCACUGAGAUAGUUUUCAAUUUGUAAGGUUUUAUUCAAAGCGUUUUCAAGGCGGAAGCUGGAACUGUGAAAAUUGUACUGGUACUCUAAUUUGGCAUGAAUAAUACUUGAGAUUUCUAAGCAUGGAGUGCUCAAAGCUUCUUAGGAGUCAACCCCUGCUUGAGGUGUGUUCUUUUCAUAUUAAAAACUUCUCAAGUCUCUGAACUGUAAACAAGGAAAAAAAAAAUAGAAUCUUGUGAUACGAAAAGCAAAAUCAACCAAAAAUGGCAAUACAUUUUGAUCAUCUUUCAUCUUUUUUUUCUUUGACCACAUACAUUUACAGACCUUUGGAAUUUGUGCUUCUAACAGAUACGAAUUUGAAGAACUUGUACUACUGCACAUGGAGUGAGGUCUGAAUUUUGUGUCUUUGCUAGAUUGCUGGUUUGCUGACCUUGGGCACAGCCUCUUGAGGGAUUUGGGGCAAGGUUUUGUUCAACUAUUUUGUGUCUGUGCUGCACAAUUACACAAGAACUCAAAUACUCGGGUGCAUUAAGGUAAAAGCUUUUGAUGAAUAUUUGAAUCACUGCCUUCUUAACCUAACCUGAUCUCUUUCCAUAUAUUCCUUUGUGAAAGGCUUCUAGAUGUUGGGGUUAGUUACGGAGGUCCAAUAAGAGAAAUGAAUUCUCUACAGCUGAAGACAGUGACUGUGGAGUAGUCUGUAUGAGAAUUUCAUGGUUCACUUUUUCUAAAAUCAACUGGUUAGUAAUGUGAGAUUUGACGAGUUACAGAUCUGACACCUGCACUCAAACCUAGGAAAUAGUUUAAUAAGGACGUUAAGUUCCUAAAACUGUUUUAUUCAAACAGAGUAAUACUUGGAAAUGUCAUCUUGUCAUUACUGCGUGAGAUACUGCAAGACGUUCAGUGUGCCACCUGUUCAUGCUGCUGUAACUGCUGCUAUCUAGUAUUAAAGCCACUCUUGUGAGAAUCGUAACUCAAAUAUUAAUUAAUUUUGUCCACGUGUAUUUUCCUUGUGUAGAAUGCAGAAAUCUUAAAUAUAUAUUGCAUAAAUUUUUUCCUCCACUCGCUUCUGUCAGCACAGUCAGUUUUCACGGGUAAGCUGGUUCCAUUUGUCACUCUGAUGUCUAACCUUGUGCAGGGAUGUCUUACUGUGUGACUGUCAUAAGCUGGAAAGUUUUCUGUUCGUGGUUACCUAAAGAGGAAACGGUAGUUUCACAUGAACUUUUUUGUCUUAUUUUGUUUGUAUUCUAUGCAGAAAAUUUCCCAAAUGACGCAGUGACAAUAAAAUUGUCAGUUUGCCAAUA